AUGCCUGGCGAGGUCAUAGACCAGCCAAACCCACCUCCAUUGCCAUCAGGCCUACCUGAAGAGCUCGAUAGGGCGGCGUGUUAUAUUGCUGCUGCGAUGAUAUUUCUGCAAGACAAUGUAUACCUGAAAAGAGAGAUUAAGCCAGAGGACAUAAAGCCUCGGCUUUUAGGUCACUGGGGAACAUGUCCAGGUCUGAUUCUGGUUUAUUCCCACCUCAACUACCUAAUAACCAAACACGAAUACGAUAUGCUAUAUGUGGUUGGUCCAGGUCAUGGGGCUCCUGCGAUUCUAGCUUCUGUCUGGCUUGAAGGCUCCCUUGAAAAGUUCUUCCCCGAAUACUCACGCGACACCAAGGGACUUUCCAACCUUAUAACCAGAUUCAGUACCACGGCAGGCCUUCCAAGUCAUAUAAAUGCAGAAACUCCAGGAGCAAUUCAUGAGGGAGGGGAACUAGGUUAUGCACUGGCGGUAUCGUUCGGUGCGGUCAUGGAUAAUCCAGAUCUCAUCGUCACAUGUAUCAUUGGAGACGGCGAAGCAGAAAGUGGUCCUACAGCCACGAGCUGGCACGCCGCAAAGUAUAUCGACCCGAAAGAGUCCGGCGCGGUCCUGCCAAUAGUGCAUGUCAAUGGCUUCAAAAUUAGCGAGCGAGCAGUUUACGGAUGUAUGGAUAACCGAGAACUGACCGCUUUGUUCCUUGGAUACGGCUACCAACCACGAUUUGUCGAGAACCUUGAUGACAUUGACACUGAUAUGCAUACUUCAAUGGUCUGGGCAGUUGAAGAAAUUCGCCGGAUUCAAAAAGCAGCUCGUGAAGGAAAGCCCUUGAGCAAGCCUAGAUGGCCCGUUUUGAUCCUACGGACACCUAAGGGAUGGUCAGGACCGAAGAAAAUUCAUGGGGAAUUUAUUGAAGGCUCCUUCCACUCCCACCAAGUCCCUCUGCCAAAAGCCAAGAAAGACAAGGAAGAACUUCAAGCUCUUCAAGACUGGCUCGCCUCUUAUGGACCAGAAGAUCUUUUCAAUGACAAAGGUGGGCCGAUUGAUGCGAUUACUUCAAUCAUCCCGAAGACGGAUAGCAAAAAGCUUGGGCAGCGUAUUGAGUCUUAUGGGAACUACCAACCCCUUGAAAUGCCAAACUGGAAGCAUUUCGUGGUUUCCAAAGGGUCCUACGAAAGUUCAAUGAAGGUCAUCGGAAAAUUCAUUGAUCAAGUUUUUGUCAAGAACCCUCAUACAGCAAGACUUUUUAGUCCCGAUGAGUUGGAAAGCAACAAGUUAGAUGCUGCGUUGGCUCACACUGGCCGAAACUUCCAAUGGGACCAGUUUUCACGCAACCAAGGUGGCCGUGUUAUUGAAGUAUUGAGCGAGCAUAUGUGUCAAGGUUUCAUGCAGGGUUACACCCUAACUGGUCGAACUGCAAUCUUUCCAACGUAUGAAAGCUUUCUUGGUAUUGUUCACACGAUGAUGGUGCAAUAUAGCAAGUUCAACAAGAUGGCACGUGAAACGAGAUGGCAUAGCGAUAUCGCCAGCAUAAAUUACAUUGAGACGAGCACUUGGACUAGACAGGAACAUAAUGGAUUCUCGCAUCAAAAUCCUUCCUUCAUUGGUGCAGUCCUCAAACUCAAGCCUUACGCAGCAAGAGUUUAUUUGCCACCAGAUGCCAAUACUUUCUUGUCCACUCUCGACCACUGUCUUCGAUCCAGAAAUUAUGUGAAUCUCAUGGUUGGGUCAAAACAGCCAACCCCCGUAUUCCUCAGUCCCGAGGAAGCGGCUGUGCAUUGCCGAGCGGGUGCCUCUAUCUGGCAAUUCUGCAGCACCAACGAGGGAUUGAAUCCAGAUGUCGUGCUGGUCGGCGUAGGUAGUGAACUCAUGUUCGAGGUGAUAUAUGCUGCAGCAAUUCUACGCAGACGGAUGCCGGAACUGAGAGUGCGUGUCAUCAAUGUCACCGAUCUCAUGAUUCUUGAAAAUCAAGGCGCCCAUCCACAUGCUUUAUCCAUUGAUGGGUUUGAUGCGUUGUUCACCCCUGAUAUUCCAAUUCAUUUCAACUAUCACGGCUAUAACACCGAGAUACAAGGCUUACUUUUUGGACGUCCCAAUCUCGACCGCGUAAGUAUUGCGGGAUACAUCGAAGAAGGAAGUACUACCACACCAUUCAACAUGAUGCUCGUCAACAAGGUCUCUCGAUUUCAUAUUGCAAAGGCCGCUGUUCAAGGAGCCGCGAAACGAAAUGAGAAGGUUCGUUUGAGAUGCCAGGAAUUGUUGAGUGAGUUGGAUAUGGAUAUUGGUGAGACUUCUAAGUACAUCGUCGAGAAUGGAAAUGAUCCGGAAGAUAUGUACGACAUGCCAAAGUUUGAAUAG